GAGCAGUUCCUGCCGCGCCUCGUUGCCGUCUUCUGGGCCGUGUUCCACCCGACCGAGGGCCCCAAGGUCGUGUACCAGGUGCCUGAUGGCGCCGUUGUGCCACAGGCGCAGGCCCAGCCGCCGCUCGUGCCGCCUCGGCUCUCUUCGUCGCCGCUGAAGGACUAUCUGAUCCCCAAGGAGCCGCUCUGCGGGCAUCUCGUCACCUGCCUCGCCAGUGCCGCAGCCCUCGAGCCCGGCACGCCCACGCAUCCCGGCGCAUACGGCGCACAGGCGUUCAAGGUGCUCGCCUAUCCCGUGCUCAUGCACGACGAGGACAAGUAUGCACGCAACACAUUCAUCUUCAACCUCGCCUUUGUCUUUGAUGCCAAGUCUGACGUGCGUGCGUACGAGCCCGUCGUCAGAAAGUGUGCUCGCACGCUGCGGUAUCUCGAAGACUCCAAAUCGUUUCUCUCUUCGCCUCGCUCGCAGCCGCGCAUGUAUGGGCUCAUCGAGCAGCUGUACGAGGACCUCAACUCCUACUGCGAGACGUUCAUUGCGCUGCCCGAUGCGCCGCACACGCGCUAUCUCGAUAAGCCAGUGCGCGACGCCAUCAACCUCAAGCUCUUUCCGACGUAUGCCAACCCGCCGCCGGUCAAGGAUUGGGAUGUGCCCGUCGCGCUGCUCGAUCUCAAGGGCAAGAAUGAGGGCAAUUGGGACUUGACGAUGGCAAAGAUCUUCCCGUUCAUCGACGGCGUCAAUCACGUCAAGCGCAUCGCGCAGCUGGCGGACGCCGACCUCGAGCUGACGCGGCAAUGCAUGGAGCAUCUGCUCUUCUACAGCUGCAUCAUCACGCUCGACAUCUUCGCCUUCUCGAACAUGUACAGCCUGCGUCCGGCGAUUGCCAUCAUGGCCGAGGACGAGUCGAUUCAGCGCGAAUGUGGCGCGUACGUCUCGCGCGCCGGCAGUGCCGUGCCCUCGUGGCCCAAGCUGCUGCAGCUCUACAGCGCGCUGCGGCCAGGCAUCACGCUGCACGACUGGAUCGACUCGCACGAUGUCGACGAGCUGGGCAUCGAUGUGCGCCGCUUCGUCACGUUUGGCGUCAUAAAGGGCUUCCUGCGCCGCGUGCAUCGCUAUCCCAUCCUGCUGGCGGCGCCGCUGACCGAGGAGCGCAGCACGGCACGCUCGCCGCAGCCCUACGUGCCGCCCGAGCUCGGCUCGCUCUGCGACGGCACGCGUCCCGAGGACGAGCUGUGUGUGCGCUUCGGCAUCUCGUGGAGCGAGCUGCACCAGCUGCUGCUCAUUCUAGGCCGUCCGUCCGGCGCGGCGGGCACGGGC